GGGGGCUCCCCAAGAUGGCGGCGUCGAUGGCGGCGCCGGGGCCGGAGAAGGCGAAGGGCGAGAAGGAGAAGGAGAAGGAGGAGGAGGCGAAGCGGCUCCUCAGCGAGGCCGACAGGAAGGUCCGCGGGGCCUCCUCUUUCCUCGGGGCGCUCUUCGGGGGUUCUUCCCGGCUGGAGGAGGCCUGUGAGUGCUACACCCGAGCUGCCAACCUCUUCAAGAUGGCCAAGAACUGGAGUGAGGCAGGGAGCGCUUUCUGCCGAGCUUCCCGACUCCACGAGCAGCUGCAGAGCAAACCCGACGCCGCCUCCCGGCUCGUGGACGCCGCCAACGCCUUCAAAAAGUGCGACCCACAGGAGGCCGUGUCGUGCCUGCUCCGCGCCAUCGACAUCUACACCGACAUGGGCCGGUUCACGGUGGCCGCCAAGCAGCACGUGGCCAUCGCCGAGAUCUACGAGGGCGACCUCGUCGACGUCCACAAGGUCAGGCCGGGGAUUCCCGGGAAAAACGGCUCGGGAAUGCCGGGAAUUCCCUCCCUGGCACCUUGGGAAUCUUCCCCCCAAAAAAAUUCCUGGAAAAAUCCAGCCUGGAACGGCCCAAAAUCCCGGGAUUUGCAGCUUUUUUUUUGGGGGGGGGGCUCCGAUCGUGAAGGGUUUGGGGUUCGGAUCCUUGGAAUUUUGGGGUUCAAAUCCUUGGAAUUUCGGGGUUUAAAUCCUUGGAAUUUCAGGCUCUAAUUCCAAAGAUUUUGGGGCUCUGAUUCCAAAGGUUUUGGGGCUCCAAUCCCUGGAAUUUUGGGGUUCAAAUCCUUG